AUGAAAUACACGAUCAUUACAAGCGCUUUGCUUGCUAGUGUUUCAGCACACACGAUAUUUACCCAGCUCCACGUCAAUGGAGUAGGCCAAGGGCACACCAAAGGUGUCCGAGUACCCACCUACGAUGGACCCAUAACUGACGUUACCUCGAAUGAUGUGAUAUGCAACGGAGGCCCCAACCCGCUGAACCAGCCGCUACCCAAAGACAUCAUCAACGCCAAGGCCGGCGACCAGCUCUCCACAGAAUGGCACCACACGCUCGACUCGACUCCCGAGACCGACAAGUCUGACCCCAUUGAUCCAGGUCACCUAGGGCCGAUCAUGAUCUACCUUGCCAAAGUGGACAGCGCCUUGACAACCACCGUGACAGGGCUCAAGUGGUUCAAAAUCUACGAAGACGGCCUCGACUCGAAUGGCACCUGGGCAGUGACCCGCCUCUACAACAACAAAGGCAAAGUCUCUUUCACACUACCCAAGUGCAUCCAAAAUGGACAGUAUCUUCUCCGCGCAGAGCUCAUUGCGCUCCACGCCGCCUCCAGCUACCCUGGCGCACAGCUGUACAUGGAGUGCGCACAGAUCAACGUCACUGGCGGAGGGAGUGCUACCCCGACGACAGUAAGCUUUCCGGGCGCGUACAAGGGGACAGAUCCGGGAAUCAAGUUUCAGCUGUACUGGCCAGUGCCAACGAGCUAUACGAUCCCGGGGCCGAGGCCGUUCACCUGCUGA